AUGGUGGUAGAGUAUAACUGUCUACUGCCAAGAUCCCUGGCGGUAGGGUUGCAUGCUUGUCGCAAAAUUUUGCUAAGUAUUGAACACAAUGCGUGUUCGUGCCUACCGUCGAGCACAUUGGCUGUAGGGUUGUACAUACUACCGCCGUUCUGUUUGACGGUAGGGAUGUUUCCUACCGCCAAGGUCCCUGACGGUAGGCUUUUACACCUUACCGCCAUGGACCCUGGCGGUAGCAAAAGGACCAGAUCUCGAAAAAUUUUCAAACUAGAGCAAGAUCUCGAAUAG